UGUGGCACAUACUCUUGUGAGUUAUGAAGGCGGCGUAAUGGCACUGACAGGGGGCCAGGCGGGCCACCAACAGACCAGGAAUGGCACCAAGGUCUUCAGGAUCGUGGUGCUGGGGGAGGGAGGUGUCGGCAAGUCUGCACUUACUCUGCAGUUUGUGAGCCAUAACUUUCUGGAGUAUCAUGAUCCAACCAUUGGUACAUUCAGGCUGUUGUCUCCAGGGACUGUAUACUCCAGAGGAUGCUUAUCAGCGGCAAGCAGUCAUUGACGGGGAGCCGGCUCUGCUUGAUAUUCUUGACACAGCUGGUCAAAUUGAAUUUACUGCAAUGCGGGACCAGUACAUGAGAUGUGGAGAAGGUUUCUUAAUAUGUUACUCCCUCACGGACCGUCGUAGCUUUGAGGAAGUUGCAGGCUACAGAAAGCUUAUUGCUAAAGUUCGUGCUGCAGAUUCCAUACCAAUUGUUUUGGUUGGGAAUAAAGUAGAUUUAGAUGAUCCUGUGCACAGAAAGGUUACAACAGAGGAGGGCCAAGCUCUUGCACAUUCUAUGGGCUGCCCCUUUUUUGAAACAUCUGCAGCUUUACGACACUUUGUUGAUGAUGCUUUCCACAUGCUUGUGAGGGAAAUCAGAAAGAAACAGAAGGAGGCAAUCGAAGGUGUUCCUGCUGGCAGAAGUAAACCCCUGUCCCGCUGGAGAAGAUUUAAAAAUAUUUUCUUGUGGAUCUUCCGCCGCCCACGAUACAAGUAAAACAGAUACGUAGAGAUCCCUGUGACAUAGACAGAGAAUUGUAGAAUUCUUAUGACAUGUGGAUCUUCCAUAAUUUCUUCUAAAGGUUGUAUACAAUGCAGUUAAAGAAAGUACAUUAUCCUGCAAAGCAGAGCUGUUAAACAAAUUCUCUCCUUGGGUAUCUAGUUUCAAUACACAUACACAGUACUCUACUUGAGGAAUAGACAUUAUACUUUUACUGUUUACAGUAUUCUGCAUUAUAUAAGCAAUGGAAAGAUAUCUUAUUGCUUCACAUACUGUAGUUAUUUAUAGAUUUUUACAGUGUGUUACAGUAAGCUGAUCUACUGUAAAGUGAUACUAAUAACAUUUUAUAUGUACAGUAUAUGCAUGCAUACAAAAAUGUUUACUGUACAAAUUAAUAAAAAAAAUUCAUUGCUUGAGCAAUAUUAGCAGUGAUUUUAUUUUUAUCUAAUGUAUUCAUCAUAAUAAAGUUGUUUUAUUGUACACUUUAGAUUAUCAUAGGCAUUUACAGUAUGAACUGAUGAUACUGUUUUUUAUAGCUAAGUAUUUAUCCUCUUGAAAAUUAGCACUUUAAACAGUCACUGUUGAAGUACUGUGUAAUAGGAUAUUGGUGCUGUUAUUUUACUAGAUGCUUUGUACUUGUCAUGUACAGUAGGAUGCAUUGAUGUAAUGACUACUUUGUUAUUGUCAAAUAUGCAAAUGAAUAUUAUGGGCAUAUUUUAUCACUUAUUUAAAUUAUUUAGCUCUGUGGUACAGUGACUUUUAUGGUUUUAGUACUAGCAAUAAGGAUCUCUGUAGUUUUAACAACGAAUUCUUUAGGUGAGUGUAUUAUGAUCACAGUAUUUCCAGAUAGCAGUUAAAUUCAAUUAUCCUGUAUCUUAAAGCUGUGGACAUGUUUGCUUCAAUUUCUUUGAACUAUUCCCCUUUGCAAACUUGGUAAGUUUAAUAGAAGCUAAGAAGCAUCAGCAUAAUUUUAGUUGAAGAUUGAGACACUUAUGCAGCAUAUGGGAAUCUUUAUUCAGGAAACGUUUUGCCACACAGUGGCUUCAUCAGUCCAAUACAAAGAGGAAGGCGUAAGGAGAGGAGGAGAAUGAGGUAAUCAGUCCCUCAACCUGGAGUCGAUGUGUUCAGUCCAUCAAUCUUGUAGAAUGAUCGACUCCAGGUUGAGGGACUGAUUACCUCAUUCUCCUCCUCUCCUUACGCCUUCCUCUUUGUAUUGGACUGAUGAAGCCACUGUGUGGCGAAACGUUUCCUGAAUAAAGAUUCCCAUAUGCUGCAUAAGUGUCUCAAUCUUCAACUUGUCGGUUUUUCAAACCAUUCAUCACAUAAUUUUAGUUAAAAUUUGGUGGUAUCCUUCAUGAAUCAUUAAAUACAAAAUUUAUUUAGCAAUAAUAUCUCCUGGAACCAUCUGAUAUUUACAUAUUAAUGUGAUCCUACUCUUGACUUUUGACUAAUAAUCACUACAAUUGGCACAAGAAUAAAAGUGAUGUGGCUGUGAUAGGCAACUUUACUUGUAGUAAAAAUAGUUAUCCCGUGAAAAUUAAUAAUGGCAUUCCCAGAUUUGUUGUGGUUUUCCACAGUAUUUCUUGUUGACUGGAUGAUUUCUUGGAAUUUUAAACAUUGGGACAAGUGGUGGAAUAUUGUAAUUGGUCUUAUUACAAAUACCCAGUAUUACCAUUCCUCAGUGAGAAGAGGUGACUUGACAAAUAUUCAGAGUGAAUUCAGCUUGAUGUAUAACAUCAGUAUUCACAGAAAGAUAUGUUUAAUAGCUAUGCAUUUUGUUCAGUAUUAGUAAAUAUUAACAGUUACUCUUGAUAACAGUUACUGUUGUUGUAGUUAUAUUUCUGGGAAUGUUCCUUUCUUAAUUGGGUGACCUGAUGCAAAAUCUUUUAGACUUUCUACCAACCUUCAAGUGUGAAAAUCUUUAGUAUGGGCAUUUGCAAAAUAAUUGAGGCAUUGCUGGUAGUCAAAUUAGACUUAUGUGAACACUGAUAAACAAUGUUUCAGAACACUAUAUAUUCAAGUCAAAAUAAUUAAAAAUGGUCUUUUUGACUUUAUUUUGUAGGUUUACCAGAAGGGAUACCUUGAAGUGGUUGCCUCAGUUUUCAUUUUUUAUACCUUGAGGAUGCCUCAUUUGAUCAGCUUUAGAUUUUCAUUGCUGGGUUACUGUAACUAGGGAAUUGUUCAUGCAACUAUCGGUUUGUGUAGCUGCCCUCUGGUCAAUGUUAUAUAGACCAUUCCAAGAUUCUUAGAAUGGGUCCAUUAAUUUUAAAAAGCCUCUUAAAAUUAGGUUCAAACAUUCAACACGUAUCCUACAUAGACAAAGGCUGAGUAUUAUUGAAGUGUGUAGGUGUAGGUGCACAUAUGUCAAUUUUAUAUUUAAAAUACUAUGAAACUUGUUUCCUGAUAAGUCUUGUUAAAUAUACUUCAUAUACAUACCUCUUUUGAUUAGGUUCAAUCUUUAAUUGAUGAUGCAUGUACAGUACCCAGUAAGUUUAUUCUGUGUUGAUGAAAGUUUGCCAAUAUUCGAACAUACAGUGGAACUCCGGUUUUCGUACUUAAUCCGUUCCAGAAAGUCAGUCUAAAACCAAAACAUACGAAACCCAAAUUAAUAUUUCCCAUAAGAAAUAAUGUAAAUACAAUUAAUCCGUUCCAGACACCCAAAAAUAUUAACAAAAAAUACAUUUUUAAAGAAUAACUAGUAUAGUUUUACAUACAGAAAACAAUGAGAAAUAAAUAUAAAACACCAAUUUUAAUGACAAAUGAACAUUACAUACCUUUAUUGAAGACUCUUGUUAGCAUAUUGAAGAAGGCGACCUGUUACUUGUUGAUUCACAUCAACAACAACAACUCCAGAUCUUCGAUUGUUUGUGAUCUGUUUCGUUAGCACAUGUACCCCUUUUGCAACUUCAGCUUCCUUGAUUUCUACUUUCUUUUCUAGGAUGGAACAGAUUGUUGAUUUCGACUUCCCACACAUCCUGGCAAACUCGGCUAAACGUAUUUUUCUACAAUCUCUUUCUUGAAUUCUAUCGUGUUUCUCACCUUUUCCAUAGGGCUGGUACUGGGAACUUUCUUUGGGCCCAUGGUGGCUUAUUUCACAGUCGCAAUCGAUAAACAAGCACAAAAAUUGCGAAAUGUUUUGGAUGAAUGCUCACUCAACCAGUGACAAAGCCAGACUGAUGGCGUUCCUGGGCAGGCGAAUGCAUAUGAUAUGUACAAUUUCCGGAUUGAGGUAUGAAAUCCGGACCAAAAUUUCGCCCAUAAAAGUGUUCUAAAUCCAAAUUGUAUGACAUGUGGACUGUAUGAAAACCGGAGUUUCACUGUAGUUAAAAAAAAACUGGAAUUAUUGGGUUCUGUGUGAUAACUAAAAAAUGCUGCUUCUGGUUGGCCUCAAACUUUCAAUAAUAUUUCAAUAGUGUGUCUUAGAGGACUUAUUAUUUUCAUGGCCUUUAUAGCCUCAAAUUUACUAAUGAUUUUAACAUCAAAUAUUAUGCUGAACUCUUUUUAAAUGCUGUGAUCUGCUGUGUGUCAUUUCAUAGUAGAAUAACAUAUGUGACUUUCAUUGAGAUUAUUGUAUUGGUUUCUCUAAUAUAAAUGGGAAAACAAAUCCCUUGAAAAAAUUAUUUUUGUAGAUACACUGAAUAUUGAUACGUAUAUAUAGUUUGAAGUCACAACUCUUAAGGAAUUGUCUGCUAGGUAUUGCUGAUUGAUUGUUAUAUAUUACAAUAUUAUACACAUACACAUGUAUACAUAUGCAAAGCAUACAUACAUACUCAUGUCUAUGCAGACAUAUGCACAUAUAUAUGCAUGUGUGUGUGUGUGUGUAUAUAUAUAUGUGUUCUUUCAACAAACCAGCCAUAUCCCACUGAGGCAGGGUGGCCUAAAAAGAAAAACAAAAGUUUCUCUUUUUAACUUUAGUAAUGUAUAGAGGUGACUAAAAUGCUCCUGGCAUUUUAGUUGCCUCUUACAACAUGCAUGGCUUAUGAAGGAAGAAUUCUGUUCCACUUCCCCUUGGAGAAAAGAGGAAAUAAACAAGAACAAGAACUAGCAAGAAAAUAGAAGAAAACCCAGAGGGGUGUGUGUGUGUGUGUGUUUGUACAUGCAUGUGUAUGUACACACCAGCUGUAUCCCACCAAGGCAGGGUGGCCCAAAAGGAAAAACGAAAGUUUCUCCUUUUACAUUUAGUAAUAUAUACAAGAGAAGAGGUUACUAGCCCCUUGCUCCCGGCAUUUUAGUCGCCUCUUACGACACGCAUGGCUUACGGAGAAAGAAUUCUGUUCCACUGCCCCAUGGAGAUAAGUAGAAAUAAACAAGAACAAGAACUAGUAAGAAAAAUAGAAGAAAACCCAGAAGGGUGUGUGUAUGUAUAUCUUCUU